AGAUCCUUCCUCCUAUUUGUGAUCUUUGAUUCUGGGUUAACAUUAUUCACCAUUAACCUAACCCUAGCUAGGGUUUAUUCGGUACCUCAAUCAAAGCUUCAUCUUUUGACAAAAAACUCUCUGAUCCCAACCCUCGAAUUUGAAUUCUCUCUAUAUAGUCGCUUCCUCUACGGUUCAACUGAUCGAAUCGAAUGUAAUGGCAAAGAAUCUCAAACAUCCAUCCAACACUGGCGAUUCUAACUCUGCUUCUGCUUCUGGUUCGGGUAAGAUUUUCGAAACCCUUUUCCGAGAUGUCCCAGAACAGAACACCUCUGUUUCCAUCUUCCCCAACCACAUUACCUUCCGAAGAAAACCCAUUGAUCAACAAAAAUCAGGAUUAGGGUUUGGUUCGGCUAAAGAUGAUACAGAGAACUCUACGAAUGGUGAAUAUGAAAACCCUAGUUUUGUUGAGGUGAAGAAGAGGAAGAGGAGAGAUGAGAAACCCAUUUUUGAUUCGGGUGAAAUCGAUGAAGAUUUGGGUACCCGUUUGGAGAUUAAGAAAGCCAAGAAAGGCAAAGGAAAAAAGCAUGAUUUGGGUCCUGAAUUGAAGGAAAACGACGCUAAUUUGGGAUUUGAAUCGGAGGAGGGGGGAAACCAUGAUAUGGGUGUGGAGUUGAAUGAGAGAGUUAGUUUGGAGUCAAAGGGGACAGAGAAGAAGAAAAAGAAGAGGAAGAGGGAUGAGCUCGAGGUGGAGUAUGAAGCGCACCAAUAUGGAGUUGUGGCGAUGGAUGAUGAAGGUGGAGAGGGAAGAUUGGAAGGGAAAAUUGUUGGGGAGAAGAGGAAAAAGAUUGAUGAUUCAGUGGACAUGGUGGUUUCCAAGGAAGGUUUUGAUGAUGAGGAUAAACUUUUGAGGACUGUGUUUGUUGGGAAUUUAACAUUGAAGGUUAAGAAGAAGGCUCUGUUUAAGGAAUUUAGCCAAUUUGGAGAGGUUGAGUCUGUGAGGAUUCGGUCCAUUCCUCUAUUGGAUACCAAAAAACCGAGGAAGGGUGCAAUUAUCCAGAAGAAAAUAAAUGAUGCUGUUGAUAGUGUUCACGCUUACAUUGUCUUCGAAACAGAGCAAGCUGCCCAGGCUUCUUUGGCCCAUAAUAUGGCUGCGGUUGGAGGAAAUCACAUCCGUGUUGACAGGGCAUGCCCACCUCGCAAGAAGCUAAAGGGAGACAAUGCUCCACUCUAUGAUAACAAGAGGACGGUUUUUGUGGGUAAUCUCCCAUUUGAUGUGAAGGAUGAAGAAAUUUAUCAGUUAUUUUCUGGUAUCAAGGACCUGGAGUCCACCAUUGAAGCCAUUCGCGUUAUCAGAGAUUCUGGUACUAGUGCAGGGAAGGGCAUUGCUUACGUCUUGUUUAAAACAAGGGGUGCCGCAAACUCGGUUGUUAAAAAAGGGAGCUUGAAGCUCCGGGAUCGUGAACUAAGGCUCUGUCAUGCUAAACCAAACCUCACACCAUCUAAGAGGAAAAACCCAUCACCCAGAGAUAUAAAUGGUUCUCCAACCAAGAAGUUAGCAGUGGAUUUAAGGACUCCAACAAAGUCUGCUAGCUCUUACCAGGGUCUGCGGGCAAGUAAAUCGGGCGUCCAAAAGAAGGUCCAUGCAAAAGUCAUUGAGCCAGUAAAAUUACAAUUCAGGACACAGAAAGGUGAGAAGUUGAAAGAGCGAACAAGAAAAAGACCAGCAGUGGCUGCCAGAAGGGCAAAUGCAAUGAAUGGUGGUGGUGAUGCUUCAAAACAAGUUGGGAAAAAACGCAAGCUGGAAUGCCAGACUCCAGGGAGUGCCCGCCCGAGUAAGAAAAUCAGGAAAUUCAGAUAAGAUUACAUGCAAUAAAGGCCUUUAAUAAGGACAUGACUUAUAUAAACUUGUAAAUGUUAUGCUGAAAGGAUUAGGUAUCAGUUUGUAUUAUAUUUUACACAGAUAUGCUAAUUUGUCUAUUUACUAGACCAAAAUAAAUUAAAAAAAGGAAAAAAGAUGGAUGAUUUGUUUCUGCUUGGUUGUCA